AGCGCCGCAGGCCAGGGGAAGGCUGCGAGUGGUGAGCCGCGGUCCCCGGUUAUUGCGGGGUCCGGCGAGCUGCAGGGAUGACUAGCUCCCUGCGCGGGGCGGCAGCGGCUCUGCUCCGCUGGGGCCGCGGCGCGGGUGGCGGCGGAGGCCUGCGGGGCCCGGCCGUGCGGGCGGCGGGCUCGGACUCGGGCGCGGGCAGUGGCGGAGGGUCGGCGGAGCAGCUGGACGUGCUAGUGAAGAAGGACAAGGUGGUGGUCUUCCUCAAGGGGACGCCGGAGCAGCCCCAGUGCGGCUUCAGCAACGCCGUGGUGCAGAUCCUGCGGCUGCAUGGCGUCCGCGACUACGCGGCCUACAACGUGCUGGACGACCCCCAGAUGCGGCAAGGCAUUAAAGACUAUUCCAACUGGCCCACCAUCCCACAGGUGUACCUCAACGGCGAGUUUGUGGGGGGCUGUGACAUUCUGCUGCAGAUGCACCAGAACGGGGACCUGGUGGAAGAACUGAAAAAGCUGGGGAUCCACUCCGCCCUUUUAGAUGAAAAGAAAGACCAGGACUCCAAGUGAGGGUGGCUGGUCCUCCCGCGCGAAUGCCGUACUGUUGGGAGAGGACGCUGCUGGGGUCCGAGACUCACCGCAGAAGCCUUACCGACUCUGGUUCUCACUGUUCAGCAACAGCUGCUCGCACCGAUUCUUCCAGCUUGUCAGCAGUCUGGUGAUUUUAGUGUGUCUGGUGUUUGGGCUAAAAAUACUCUAUUUUGAACUUAAUUAUAACCACUGCACUGUAAUAAUUCAUUGUUGUAUUAUGAUCUUGCUGUAAACAUUUGUUCUUGGAUUGCCAUUUGUUCUUUGCCUUUGAUUCAGGAGUAAAAGGAGCUCUGGAAUCAUUAUUAUUCAUGACUCCCCUCUGUAAACGUGUCAAUCUGCAAAGAUAAUAAACCCCCCCAAAUUUUUGGUAACUUGUUCUGUUAAGAAAAAUGAUGGACAUGGAAGAAAAUGUGAUUACCGGGAUGUUGUUUUUUAAAAUAAAUUGCUAACCCAGA